AUGCCAGUGGAUCGUCGCGCGACAAGGUUGCGAGUUAAAAAACAUAGUAAGAAGCAGAAAAGUGACGAGGAAAUAGAAUCUGAUAGUGGAGCGAGUUCCGUUGGGUCUGAAACAGAAUCUGAUGUCUCAGUACAUGAAAGUGCUCAUGAGAAGAAAGUACGACUUACAAAAAAGGCUAUCCAAAAAGCACUUGAAACAGUUGGUUCGGAUGACGAAAAGUACGAAGCACUUUCACUACGUCUCAAAGAAGAAGCACUUCAGGCUAAGGGAAAGUUUUUAGCGAAAUUCGCUCAUCAGAUCAAAUUCUUGAAUAAAGAGGAAAUUAUACUUCUAAGAGGUCAUCGAAAAUCUGUCUCUUGUGUAUGUAUAUCUGAAGAUGGCAAAUUUGCCUUCACUGGAGGGAAGGAUUCUUCGGUAAUUAAAUGGGAUCUAAACACAAUGGUAAAACUGUGUUCUAUACCUGGGGGGAAACGUGAAACAAAAUAUCCCUAUCAUACUGGCCCGAUUCUGUCUAUUUGCAUAUCCAGUGACAGUAAAUAUUUAGCUUCCUCCGGUAUGGACCAUUCCGUUAUAAUAUGGAACCCACAGGAUAUGAAAGUUUUCAUGAAACUACUGCACCAUAAGGUACCAGUCACAGCCGUUAGUUUUAGAUGCCAUUCACACAUGUUGUUUACAGCAGAUUGUUCUGGUCGUGUUUGUGUUUGGAAUAUGCCUUUGAAACAGGUAUUACAAGACCAAGGGGCAAGAACAAAUAUCGAAGUGUUAGGAUUAUGUGGUUUGGUAUCUGAACGGUGUGUUUCAUGUUCUGGGUUCGGUGGUCCUGGGGUCUGCGUUUGGAAAGUUCCAGAAGAAAUCUGUGUUCAGUAUAGUACGAAAAACACAUUAGAGAGUUCAGUAGAAUGCAUUUAUGCAGUCAAUGACGAAAUUUUCAUAGGGGGUUCUUCUACAAAUACUAUUUAUAUUUGGCAUUCAAGUAGAGGUAGCCCUGUAUUUACUGUUUCUCCUGCUCAUCCUGUGGCAAAAUUAUGCCCACCGUCGAUAUCAGAGCCUUUUAUCCGACCAGUUGCGAAUUGGGUUACUGCCAUUGCUGGUCUAUAUGGAACUGACCUGAUCGCUUCAGGUUCCUCCACAGGGCACAUACAAUUUUGGCGACUUGUUCAGCCACAAUUAGAACGUUCAAAUGAAGUUAAAGUACAACAACAACUACGAACACAAGUCAGUAUUGAACGCAUACCUGGUUUGAGUAUUUCAUUGGGUGGUUUUAUCAAUGGGCUGGCUUUCUCUUCUGAUCGUCGAUAUUUGGCUGUUUGUCUAGGUCAGGAACAUCGGUUCGGUCAUUGGGAGCCUAGACGUCAUGUCACUAAUGGUUUACUUCUAAUCCCACUGAAUGUAUCCUAG